GCCUUCUACGCUCCGCGCACCCAAAGGCACCAGCGAGUGACCCAGAGGCUGGGGAAAGGGCGGGAGGAAGGGGGACGCAUCUGAAGGAAAAGGGAGAGGGGGCCCGGGAGGGGAGCGGGAAGGAGCGCGGAGCGGACCGCGAAGGGAGAGGGCGGCCGUGGGCACCCGCGGCGAGGCAAGGGUGGCUGCCGUGGGACCGGAGUGCGCUCCAGUGCCGCGGCCCCUCCGGACCCCGGAACGCCCGCUUGCCGGCGCGCAGAGCCCCUUCUCCCAGCCAGGGUGGCGCCCCCUCCCUCGGCGCUGGCCGCCCCCUCCUCCUUCCCGGCGCUGCCCCUCCUCCGUCCCGCCCCCCGCGCCCAGUUGAGAGCGCCGCAGUGGCCGCUGCCUGCACCGCCCGGUCCCGAGCCGCCGCUUUGCCCGCUCGCCCGGGCACACUCAGAGAGCGGCGCGCGUCGCCGGCCCCAGCUCUUCGGGCCGACUCCACGGCCGGCCUCCGGGAGCCCCUGCAGCCGCCCCGGCCAGCCCCGCUCGGCUCGGGGGCAGCCGCGCUCCGCGUCACAGGAACUUGAACAGGACCCCGACGGGACCAGCGCGCAGGGCUGUCCCCGGAGCUCCGCGGCUAUGCCCGGUGCCCCUCUCCCUGCCAGUGGCUCGUCCAGCGCCCGGGCCCGGCCCCCGACGGCCGCGCUUUGAGAUGACUUUCCGAGACCUCCUAAGCGUCAGUUUCGAGGGACCCCGCCCGGACUGCAGCGCCGGGGGCUCCAGCGCGGGCGGGGGCGGCCCGAGCGGCCCGGCCGCCUCGGAGGGCCCGGCGGUGAGCGGCGUGCCGGGGGCCGCGGGCGGCGGCGGCGGCGUGGUGGGCGCGGGCAGCGGCGAGGAGAACCGGAGCUCCGCCGGGGAGCCGGGGGGCGCGGGCGCUGGCGGCGAAGUGAAUGGCACGGCGGCCGUCGAGGGGCUGGUGGUGAGCGCGCAGGGCGUGGGCGUGGGCGUCUUCCUGGCCGCCUUCAUCCUAACGGCCGUGGCGGGCAACUUGCUUGUCAUCCUCUCGGUGGCCUGCAACCGCCACCUGCAGACGGUCACCAACUAUUUCAUUGUGAACCUGGCCGUAGCCGACCUGCUGCUGAGCGCCACGGUGCUGCCGUUCUCGGCCACCAUGGAGGUUCUAGGCUUCUGGGCCUUCGGCCGGGCCUUCUGUGACGUGUGGGCCGCCGUGGACGUGCUGUGCUGCACGGCCUCCAUCCUCAGCCUCUGCACCAUCUCGGUGGACCGGUACGUGGGCGUGCGCCACUCGCUAAAGUACCCUGCCAUCAUGACGGAGCGCAAGGCGGCCGCCAUCCUGGCGCUGCUCUGGGCCGUAGCCCUCGUGGUGUCCGUCGGGCCGCUGCUGGGCUGGAAGGAGCCGGUGCCCCCUGACGAACGCUUCUGCGGCAUCACCGAGGAGGCAGGCUAUGCCGUCUUCUCCUCCGUGUGCUCUUUCUACCUGCCCAUGGCCGUCAUCGUGGUCAUGUACUGCCGCGUGUACGUCGUGGCGCGAAGCACCACGCGCAGCCUCGAGGCGGGCGUCAAGCGCGAGCGGGGCAAGGCCUCCGAGGUGGUGCUGCGCAUCCACUGUCGCGGAGCCAGCCUGGGCGCAGACGGGGCGCACGGGAUGCGCAGCGCCAAGGGCCACACCUUCCGCAGCUCACUGUCCGUGCGCCUGCUCAAGUUCUCGCGCGAGAAGAAGGCGGCCAAGACGCUGGCCAUCGUCGUGGGUGUCUUCGUGCUCUGCUGGUUCCCCUUCUUCUUCGUCCUGCCCCUCGGCUCCCUGUUCCCGCACCUGAAGCCCUCCGAGGGCGUCUUCAAGGUUAUCUUCUGGCUCGGCUACUUCAACAGCUGCGUGAACCCGCUCAUCUACCCCUGCUCCAGCCGCGAGUUCAAGCGCGCCUUCCUCCGCCUCCUGCGCUGCCAGUGCCAUCGUCGCCGGCGCCGCCGCCCCCUCUGGCGCGUCUACGGCCACCACUGGCGGGCCUCGACCGGCGGGCUGGGCCCCGACUGCGCCCCCGGCCCGGGCGCCGCGCCCCCCGGGGCACCGCUGGCCCUCACCGCGCCCUCGGCCCCCGGCUCUCCGGGCACGUCCGAGGCACAGGCUCCGGUCGCCGGCCGUCGAAAGCCGCCUUGCGCCUUCCACGAGUGGAGGCUGCUCGGGCCGUUCCGGAGACCCACCACCCAGCUGCGAGCCAAGGUCUCCAGCCUGUCGCACAAGAUCCGCGCCGGGAGCGCGCAGCGCGCAGAGGCCGCGUGCGCCCUGCGUUCGGAGGUGGAAGCCGUGUCCCUAGGCGUCCCCCAAGACGUGGCCGAGGGCGCCACCUGCCAGGCCUACGAAUUGGCCGACUACAGCAACCUCCGAGAGACUGAUAUUUAAGGACCCCCACCGUCCCUGAGCUAGGCUGGGGAGCGCGCUGGGGGAGGGGAAGAGGUGGGGGGCGGGACAUGGAGAGGGAGGCUGGCUUUGUUCAAGAGGCCGCGCGGAUCAGGGCGGCUGCACUGUGGCUUCCCUGAGGAACUGAGGAGGGGCUGGGGCCCCCGAAGGGUGGAAAGAUAUGAGCUGCUCCUGCACACAGGUGUCCCAAGCUCCUUUCCGAGGAAGGGGCUGCGGGCUCCGCAGGGCCAUUUGCUCCCAAACCCUGUUUGAGAAACACUGCCCCAUCCAUGCCUUGAUCGCUGGAUAGACAAAUCCAAGUAUGGACAGGCGCCUGCCCCUCCUCUUGGGGAGGAGAGAGCACAGAGGCCCUGCCUGGGUGCCCCAGUGCUUCCCCAGGGGAAAAGUCAGUGGGGCCAGGGCUUCUCAAUGGACACAGUUUCUCCCUACUGCCGACUGGAGGAACCCGUGGACCUGCCACCGCCACCCACAAGCUUUGGUGGCAGAUUGGAUGACUGUCCUACCAGGCUGUUGUAUUUACCCAUGGGCCCACUCUCCCUACCAAGCCCCUCCGCACACACCCCUUCACCUGGACCUGGACCUGCCCCCAUCACCUCCCCCAAGGGCCUUACUGUUUACACUCUGUACAUAGCUCGUGUGCCUGUGCCCAUCACUUCUCGCUGGGAUCCAGAGCCAUCAAAUGGGGAGAGCUUUAUGUGUCAUUUUGAGACAUAUUUAUUGGUAAGAGUACUUUAUUUUGUCCAAACUGUGCAAACUGCCCCUCUUUAGCUUAUAACCCAUAAAGAACUACUUUGGUUUUUUUCUAAAAUCUUUCAAGUACUAAAGGCCCACAACAGGAUAGAUUGGGUCUGUGUUCACCUUUCUAGUUUCAACUUAAUUGUCUCUUUAACUGAUAGCUGCUGUCCUUUGAGACUUCUAGCAUGAUCAAAGGACUCAGGAGUUUUGUUGGGUUUUAAAAUUCACAUGAUUAGUUUUGGGAACCAACCAUAAUCAUAAGCACAAAUUUUCACUUUGUCAGUCUCCCCAGAUCUAUUUGUGAUGCUCUGAGGGCCUCAGUGAGG